AUGGCUCUGCUCACCACAAACCAAGGCCAAUCCAUCUGCUUGGCCUUUUUUCUUGUGCUCAUUUUGGCCUUCUGCUCCUCUCAAGCAUCUUGUAGUCGCCAACUUUAUGGUGAAGACAAAAUCAUGCUCCAGAGGUUUGAGGAGUGGAUGGCUAAACAUGGACGAGUGUAUAAGGAUGCACAGGAGAAGGAGCUGCGCUACGACAUUUUCAAGUCCAAUGUGGAAUUUAUAGAGGCUUUUAAAAAGAACAAGGACCAAAGGAAGUACACACUAAGCAUCAAUAAGUUUGCGGAUCGCAAGAAUGAGGAACUUCGAGCAAUGCGUAAUGGAUACAAUGUGAGGCAACAUCUCUCCAAAAAAGCAUCCAACUCCAUGAAAGGAAGUCGAAACACUUUUUUCAAAUAUGAAAACGUAACCGAGGUGCCACCUUUCUGUGAUUGGACAACAAAUGCUGUAACCCCGGUCAAGGAGCAAGGAUAUGAUUGUGAACAAGAGUUUAUCGAUUGUUCAACUAGUUUAGACGAAGAUGGCUGCCAUGGUGGUUUUUUGGAGAAGGCCUUCGAAUACAUGAUCCCACGCAACAAGAGCCUGGUAACUGAAGAUGAUUACCUGGCCAUAGAUGAACCCGUUUGCUUGGCUGACUUCUAUAACGCCCCCACCCGUUCCAUAACUAUAACUGGGUACGAGCAAGUGCCUCAAAACAACGAAAGCAGCACUGGACUUUCUUCAUGGGAAAACGGCAUUACUGCUCUUGUACGUUUUGAUCCUGUUUAUAGUUUUGGGAUUUUAUGGAUUUCCGACUACAUCUUCCUCUGGGAGCCUUACAAGUUACAGACCUUCGCUUUAAUCAAUUGUGAUUCGUUCAAUCCAAGUCUGGCCAAGGGAAUUGUAAGGGAUUGUUUAAUCAAUUGGCAAAUUUCAGUUGUUAGUCCAGUUUAG